ACAAGUUGGCAGCACUGCUACUACAUCGGUGACUCUUCGUGUGUGUUGGUGUUGCGUUAAUAAAAAAAAGUGUAAAUACUUAAGAAAAUUUUAGAGUUGACAAAUCGAAAAAGUCACAACGGGUCGUGCGUCAACUUUAACCAAACAAUGCAAAAUCAAAUAUGUUUUCCACUGCAUACCGGAAAAUAAACAAAUACAAGAAGCAUAAAGUAUGCAGAAAAUUAAAUACAAAAGGAGCAUUUAAGUGUUGCGUGUGAACGAAAUUCAAAAGAAGAAUUCAAAAAAGCUAAAAAUCUUAAAAAAUAAAAAAAAGAAUAACCAACGUGUUGUGCUCGUUUUUUAAUUUAAAUUACUCACAAUUAUAACAAAUCUUCAUUGCAUUUAUACAAAACAAAGAAACAAACAAGAAGCGCAAACAGUGGAACAAAACAAAAAGUUGACAAGUAAAUAUAAAUGCAGCAUUAAAUAAUCUAAAACAUAGUCUAAAAACAACUACACACGUUCCUUAAAACUAAUGUUUUCCAAACGCAACUAAAUUAAAUCAAACGAUAACGAUAAAACCACACACGUCGUGAAGCAACGGAAACAUCACCUCUUAAACCAUAAAACCACAUAGGAAUUAUACAUAAAUUACUUACUUACAUAUAAUAUAAAUGUAAUAUAUAUUUAUACAUAUAACCAAUACGACACCGAAUUAAAUUAACUGCAGGGAAACAAUACGAAGAAAAAGCAACAGCAAACAGCUAAAUUAUUAUUAUUAUUGUUAUUAUUAUUAUUAUUUAGUGCCGGACUAUAUAACGACCACAGAUUUACUUGAUUAACAACAAAAGAGAAAGAUCCAUUGAAUAAUCUAUUCAUAAACUGCAUCGUCGUCGACAACCAGAAAACAGAAUAGAAAGAAUCACAGUUUAGUGCGUGUUUAUGAGUAUCCGGAAUACUACGUGAAUCAGUUGAAAUCGUCCUGUUCGAUGUUGUCUUUGUAUUUGUCAGUGAGAUGUGCAAAAGUCUGGUCAAAAACUGAGUCAACUAAUUCCUCACUACGCACCCACACAACCACAUAGACACAUACACGCACAAAAGAAGCCUUGGAGGGAAAGAGUAAGCAAUAGCCAAAUAGAGCCUGAGUGUCAGUGGGGAAACAGCGAGCAACGCCAAAGUACAAAUGUCCAUGAGCAACUAAAAUCGAAAAUAAAAACAAAAUAGGCAUUCAAAAAUUAUAUGGGCCAACCUUAGAGAGCAACAACAACACCAAAAGAAAUACCAGAAACUGUCCUUGGACAGGACAUAAAAAACUGCAAUUUAUCAACAAUUUGUCAUAAGCACAGUGUGAGCUUGUGAAUAUCGCAAGAAGAGGGAAUAACCACAAUUGGAGGAUCAAAUCGGAAUUCACCGAUUUUCGCAAGUCACGGAGCGUCGAGCAGGAAGUGCGGAACGCGUAAGCGUCCUUAAAUCCAGUUAGCAUGGAGUGCUGUUUAUCGGAAGAAGCCAAGGAACAAAAACGGAUCAAUCAGGAAAUCGAGAAGCAGCUGCGACGUGACAAGAGAGAUGCGCGCAGAGAACUUAAACUUCUGUUAUUGGGCACGGGCGAGUCCGGAAAAUCAACGUUCAUCAAACAGAUGCGCAUUAUACAUGGCAGCGGGUACUCGGAUGAUGACAAACGAGGCUACAUCAAGCUGGUGUUCCAGAACAUAUUCAUGGCCAUGCAGUCCAUGAUCAAAGCCAUGGAUAUGCUCAAAAUAUCCUAUGGUGUUGGCGAACAUAUUGAGCUUGCUGAUCUGGUGAUGAGCAUUGACUAUGAAACAGUUACAACCUUUGAAGAUCCAUAUUUGAAUGCCAUAAAAACGCUAUGGUCCGAUGCUGGCAUACAGGAGUGCUAUGAUCGACGAAGAGAAUAUCAAUUGACAGAUUCCGCUAAAUAUUAUCUGAUGGAUCUCGAUCGUGUAGCUCAACCUGAUUAUUUACCCACUGAGCAAGACAUUUUAAGAGUUCGUGUGCCGACAACGGGGAUCAUUGAGUAUCCCUUCGACCUAGAAGAAAUCAGAUUUAGCUAUUUAAACGACAUAAAGCGCAUUGAGCAGACUGAUUAUUUGCCCACUCAGCAGGACAUAUUGAGUGCUCGUGUGCCAACAACUGGAAUACAUCAGUAUCACUUUAAUUUGUCUCCAAAUACAUUUAGAAUGGUAGACGUCGGAGGACAGCGUUCGGAGAGAAGAAAGUGGAUUCAUUGCUUUGAGAAUGUCACCUCAAUAAUAUUUUUGGUAGCGUUAUCUGAAUACGAUCAAAUCUUGUUUGAAUCCGAUAAUGAGAAUCGUAUGGAGGAAUCAAAAGCUUUAUUUAGAACUAUAAUUACAUACCCAUGGUUCCAAAAUUCAUCAGUUAUUCUCUUCCUAAACAAGAAAGAUUUGUUAGAGGAGAAAAUCAUGUAUUCGCAUUUGGUGGACUAUUUUCCUGAGUACGAUGGUCCACAGCGAGAUGCAAUAGCAGCCCGUGAAUUCAUACUGCGCAUGUUUGUAGACUUAAAUCCAGAUUCCGAAAAGAUUAUCUAUUCUCAUUUCACCUGUGCUACAGAUACUGAAAAUAUAAGGUUUGUGUUUGCAGCUGUUAAGGACACGAUUCUGCAAUCCAAUCUUAAGGAAUACAAUUUGGUCUAAACUGGAUUUGGAUCAGCAAACUAUUUUUGUGAUUUUUAUUAUACAUAUACAUAUAUAUAAAUGUAUAAGUGUAUGUAUAUGCAUAUAUAUGUAUGUAUAUAUACAUAUAUAUUAAAAAAAUAUAUAUACAUACAUUCAUAAUUCCUUUUUCGCAUAUUAAUUAAUAUGAAAACAAACACAAGAUAACUAAUGAUGUUUGCCGAAGAUUAAGCAUUAGAACCAAACACAAGUUUCUUAAAUUGUAACAUCAGGAACCGGACAGAAGAAUGUAGCGUAAAUUAUGAAAAUUAAUAAUAAUACAAUUGAUUGAUGUAUACAUUUGAAUUUGUUUGGAUUAUAUAAGAAAAUUAAAUAACAAACAAAAUUCAACUAACUUCUGAUACCAAGUACGAUUAACGUAAUAAUAAUAUUUAAAAUUCAUUAUUAUAGAACUUUUGUAAUAAAAUUUAAAGAAAAUGAAAAAAAAUCAAAAUAAAACAAAUAAAUUUAAUUUAAUUAAAAGCUUAAAGGAUCAACAAAUGGAAACAAUUUUUGUCGUACUGAAGCAUAAAUUUUACUGAAACCAACCAACAAAAUGUAACUUAUAAACAAAUAGUAAUUUUGCAUAAACAAUAUAUGUUAGAAGUUUAUCAUACUAAUUUAAAUAUUACACACACCCGCACCCAUAAACACAACAACAAGAAAACAGAAUCAUGUAAACUAAUAACAAAAACAAAACGCAGAUAUAAUACCGUAUUAUAUACUGUAUUUUCAUUAAGAUAAUAAGUGAAUAUUGGCAACAAUUGUUUACCGAAAUAUUUAUAAAAAAAAACUUUAAAAAAAUACGAACCCAUAUUAUGUGUAUAUACAUACAUACAUACAUGCAAACAUUACAUACAUACAUACGCACAUAGAUACAUACAUACUAUGUAAUGAUUAAAAACUAAAUUAAUUUGUAUUGCGAAAAAGAAUCAUUCAGUGUAAAUUAUAAAUCGUACUAAUACACAAAAUGGGAAGCGAUUAUGAACGUGAUGAUUAAGAACUAUUUAAUGAUAUAAUGAAAGAAGUAACAAAAACAAAUUAAUUAUCGCAUUUGUAUUUUACAAAUCGAAACCAGAUUUAUAUCUUAUCUAAGUAAAAGUAACAUCUACGUUUGUCAAAGAUUCAAAGCUGCAACAUAACUAUUAUUAACAACAACAGCAAAUAUAACAACAGUCAUAUUCACCAAUAUUCAAACUAAUUAAUGCCAAUACGUUAUACAUAUUUACAUGCAACUAAAUAAUAACUAAUACAAAAUGCAGCUGAUCUUGAUGCCAUCAAACAAUUUCCAUAAACUAUACAAAGGAAAACAAAACGA